AUGGCGCUCCUCCUCCCACGCGCAGCGCGGCUCGCGCUACUCUCCGGCGCCCCGCGCGCCUACUCCUCUUCCUCCUCCGCCGUCACGGCGGCAGCUGGCCGGACGACGACGGCCCCUGUUCCCCGCGGCGUUGCAGCUGCCCCGAUGUCGAAGGCCGCCGAGUUCGUGGUGUCCAAGGUGGACGACCUGAUGAACUGGGCGCGCAGGGGCUCCAUCUGGCCCAUGACGUUCGGCCUCGCCUGCUGCGCCGUCGAGAUGAUGCACGCCGGCGCCUCCCGCUACGACUUCGACCGCUUCGGCGUCAUCUUCCGCCCCUCCCCGCGGCAGUCCGACUGCAUGAUCGUCGCCGGCACGCUCACCAACAAGAUGGCCCCCGCUCUCCGCAAGGUUUAUGACCAGAUGCCAGAGCCCCGAUGGGUGAUCUCGAUGGGCAGCUGCGCCAACGGCGGUGGAUACUAUCACUACUCAUACUCUGUCGUGCGUGGGUGCGACAGGAUCGUCCCUGUGGACAUCUUCGUCCCCGGGUGCCCUCCGACAGCUGAAGCUCUACUGUACGGUGUUCUCCAACUGCAGAAGAAGAUCAACAGGCGCAAGGAUUUCCUCCACUGGUGGGAGAAGUGA